CGUCUUGUUCUGGCUUCAGCUAGUGAUUAUUUUCAUGCUAUGUUCACCGGUGAAUUGAUGGAAGCCAGUAUGAGCCGUGUUCAUCUAGAAGGCACACAUCCAAUUGCUGUGAAAGCUUUGGUUGAUUUUUGCUAUAGUGAUUUCUUAGGCAGCAAUUAUACUUAAUAGAAAACAUAUGAUUUUAAUCUUUGAAAGAUGAUAGAAAAAUUCAAAUUAUCAAAAUUCAUAUUAAUUGUCUUACAGUGGAGAUUUUGAAAAGAAGAAAAAGGGAAGUACUUUCAUUUAUUUUCAAGUAAUUGGAAGAUAAUGUUUCUGAUCUCCCUUGAUUGCCCAUUGAGUUUUUAUUUUUAUUUUCUCUUUUUAGUAAUCAAUCUAUACAUCACACAUGAGAUGACUGAGUAGGAAAGAGAAAUGAAAUCUUAAUUGUUUAUUACUAUAGUGGUUUACCAGCCUCUAAAGGAAAGCAAAAAUCCUUCAAAUACUGCAUCUUAACUACCCAUAGUUAAAAGGAGAAAUAUCUCUGAGUGAAGAUAAUGUUGAAACAAUACUUUCCACUGCUAAUAUUCUACAGAUUGCAGAAGUGGUAAAAGCUUGUUGCACAUUUCUAGCCUGUCGUUUGCAUCCAUCAAAUUGUAUUGGAUUUUCAAUUUUUUCUGAAUCUCAAGGCUGUAUGGAUUUGCACCAAAUAGCUCAUACAUAUGUUAUGGAUCAUUUUAUGGAAGUGAUUUUAAAUCAAGAAUACUUAUCACUCUCAGUUGACGAUGUCAAAAAACUUCUAUCUAGUGAUAUGUUAAAUGUUCCAAGUGAAGAAAAAGCUUUUGAGUCUUUAAUGCUUUGGGUAAAUUAUGAUUUGGCAAACAGAAAAGAUGAUUUACCCAGCCUUUUAGAAAUGAUUAGACUUCCUCUCCUGUCACCUCAGUAUUUAACGGAUCAUAUUGAAAACAACCCACUUCUUAAAGAAAAUAAUCAUUCCCGAAAUCUUAUUAUGGAAGCCAUGAAAUAUCAUCUUUUACCUGAACGUCGCUCAUUACUUCAUUCUCCUAGAACUAGGCCCAGAAAAUCCACAGUUGGUUCAUUAUUUAUGAUUGGUGGUAUGGAUGGUGGUAAAGGUUCAUGGCGAAUUGAAAAGUAUGAUCUCAGAAGUAAUACUUGGAGUAACUAUGGUGUGAUGACAUCAAGGCGGUUGCAGUUUGGCGCAGCUGUGAUAGAUGAUAAAUUAUAUGUUGUUGGAGGCCGAGAUGGUCUAAAAACUUUAAAUAUAGUUGAAUGCUAUGAUUUUAAAACUAAAACAUGGACAGCAAUGCCUUCUAUGUCCACUCAUAGACAUGGGCUUGGUGUUGGAGUAUUAGGAGGUCCUAUGUAUGCUGUUGGAGGCCAUGAUGGUUGGACUUAUUUAAGUGCUGUUGAGAGAUGGGAUUCCACUACUCUUCUGUGGAGCUAUGUAGCUCCUCUAAAUACUCAGCGUAGUACAGCAGGUGUUGCUGUUCUUAAUGACAGGUUGUAUGCUGUUGGAGGACGAGAUGGAAGUGCCUGCUUGCGUUCUGUAGAAUGUUUUGAUCCUCAUCGAAAUAAAUGGACUUAUUGUGCUCCAAUGUCUAUUAGAAGAGGUGGUGCUGGAGUAGGUGUAAUCAACAAUUAUUUAUUUGCACUUGGUGGCCAUGAUGCACCAAUUUUAAACCCAGGAGUUUCCAGAUUUGAAUGUGUUGAAAGAUAUGAUCCCAGAACUGAUACAUGGACUUUAGUUGCACCAAUGCGAAGAGGAAGAGAUGCCAUUGGUGUUGGAAUACUAGGGGAUCGCUUGAUAGCUGUUGGUGGUUAUGAUGGACAAUCAUAUUUAAAAAUUGUUGAAGCAUAUGAUCCUCAAAACAAUGAAUGGGAAGAGAUUAAAGAACUUGAAGAUGGGAGAGCUGGAAUGUGUGUUGUAGUUGUAAAGGGUUUCUAACUAAAGUAGAUGGUUAAUCUUCAAACAUGAAACUUACAGUAUUGUAUAUGCUUGUUCUGUUUCACUGGUUCUCAACUGUUAGCAGCUAUAGUUUUUUUUUUUAAUAUCUAAGUAUUUUCAUAAAUGUUUUGUAUAUUCUUUUGAAAUUGAGCUUUGUAAAAAUACUCUCAAUUAACCUUUAAAAAUUUGUCAUGGCAAUUUUAUUUAUCUCUUAAUGAUAGUAUUAUCUUUAUAAUUUCUAUCAUUUUUUAAAAUUAGUUAUAAAAAUCUAAGUAAUAUAUUAUAAAUUUUAAUUUAUUUGCUUUUAAUAGAAUAGAUAAUAUGCUUAUGUGUCUUAAUUGUCAUAAAACUAAUGUAUCAUACAGUGAUAUAUCAAAGUAGAUUUCAUAAUUCUGGAUGUUGUGAACUUAAGAUUUGAAAAUCUAUAUAAUUUUUAUUUGUAAGUGCUACUAAAUAUACAAAGGAUAAUCAAUCGUUGCACUGUUUUAAACAAAUGGAACUUCUAAUAUUUGAAAAGAGAAUAUCGUUGAUAUGUAGACAAUUGAUUUCACUGUUGAAAUUUUAAUUGUUUAAAUAUAAAAUAUGUGUUCACUAGUGUUAUUUUUAUAAGCAGUGCAAUAUCCCUCUAGAAUCCAAAAUGAGGAAUCCAAAGUAAUAACCUAUACCUUAAAAUAAUUAUCAUCUUAUUAUAAACAUUAACAUAUUCUUUUCUACGAUGUCUCUUGAAGACUUGAAACCAAGUGAGCUUAAACUAAAUUGCAAUAUGAUCGAUUACAUUUGGCAACGUCCAGACACUGUACUUUUUAAUGAAAAUAUAAGAUUAUUUAUAUUAAUUUUAAGUUAAAAAAUACUUUUCGAAUGUUGUUUGUAUCUGUACUAAGAUAUAAUUUUAAAUCUUUUAUCAGUUUGGAAUUAAAUAAAAUAUAUACGUGUAAAUUUCUCUUUUAUAAUUGAAGAUUUUGCAUUCUAAGGCUUGUGAUAAAUGCACAGUACGAAGUUAGAUUUUUGAUUAACUCAGCAUAUUAAUUUUGUUAAUAUUGCUAAUGCUGCAUUUUUUUCAUUUUGUUAGUAGACUCUUUAUCAUCAUUAGAAUUAUUUACUGUUUUUAACUUAAAGUCCUAGCUGGAAAAUGUGUAUCACAUUGGGGAAAAAAAAAACUUUGGAUAUUUCAUUUCUUACAUAUAACUACUAAGUUCUUUGUGUAAGAAAAAAAAUUAUUAAUUUUUGAAUUUUCUUUCCCAGUAGACACUGUGAAUCAAUAUUGUUAAAUUCUGUUUUAAUAAUUAAUAAUAAAAUAUCUAUUUAAGUUUCAUUACUCCCUCCUUUAUUUUUUUAUUUUAUUUUAUUUAUUUAUUUACUUUUUUGCAGCAUUGCUGAUUGUAUAUUUAUUAAUUAUUUCUGAAUAUCCCUCCUCCAUUUCUCCUAGAAAUGUUUUUGUAUGAUUUCAUACAAUUUUUCUCUGAUUCUGUUAAGUGCUCUGGGUUAAAAAUAAGAAAAUAUGGCAGAAAAUCUUUUAUAAUAACUCCUAUUUUCAAAUCCAAUAUUUGUUAGAAUGGUUUGUUGAGAAGAGCAGACUUCCAUUAAUUUUUGUUCUUAGAAUAAUGAUUUUUUUAAAAUGAAAGACAAAAUUUUUUUUCCAAUUAUUUUCGUCGAAAUUAUAUAUAUUUUUUAAUGUAAUAAUAACUCUGGUUUUAUAUAAGUUUGUCUUAAAAUUUGUAUUCGUACAAUAAAAUCUUAUGAAUGGUUUUACUUGGUAAACCACAUAUUCAUUUUUCUUUAAGAUUAUAUUUAAAAACCUCUCCAAAGACUGUCUCUGAGAACUUCUCAAAACUCAGUAGUGGUUGAGAGUUUUUCCCUCUAAACUGAAAAAUUUGACUUUUUCCCAAUUGAUGGCUCAUGUAGUGUAAUUGUAGGGAUGCUGCAACUUUUAACAUGCUACUGCACACUAAUAUAUAUUUGUACCACUUACGUUUUUUAGCCUUUCUCAUUUAUUUUGUGUAGUGAAUUAUUUAAUUUAUAACUUUAUAUCAUGUUUAUAUCAAAUAAUUUAGUAUUUUAAUUAAUUAAUAUUAGUUAAGCUGGAAACUUAUUUUUCAGUUCCUUUUCCUUAAUUAUGUUUGAAAAGAUUCUCGUAACUGCAGAUGAAUUAUAAAAUGGCAUAAAAUAUUAGCGCAAAAUUAAUUUUGUUACCGUUUAGCAAAAAAAAUUACAUUGUCUAAUCAAUAUAAAAAUUUUCCUAAUCAAAUGCUAUUUAUUAUUAUUGUUAAAAAUUACUUAAAAAUUAAAUCUAUUCUUAUUUUACUUCCAUCAAAUACAUUAUAAACCUUUACGGCAAUGCUUGCAUAACUAUUGAGGAAUGAUUAUUUGGUGAGCUUGCGAGGUCCAUCUCCAAAUAGCCUUAGUGUUGCUUUAAAAAGGGGCAUCAAUAUAAUAAACUAAACUAAUUUAAUAACAUAACAUCAAAGCAGUUAUAUAUGUUCCAUCCAAAUUCAUAUGGUGCAUCUCAGAAAAAAUAUAUAUUCAUUUUUAAUGUUAAACGGAAAGUUCAUCGCAGGCAUCUUAAUAGGAGAUACAAAAAUGAAAAGGAAAAAAUAAUAAUAAUAAUUUAUUCGUUUGAAUCGAUCUAAAAUAGCACUUUGAUAUAUUUAAGCGAGAAUGCAUUUAUUAUUUUCUUUUAAAAAUUCUGUUCCUUGAAAUUUUACCUUAUUUUAUUUGAAGAUGAGGCUUGUUAAACUGUGAAUUACGAUACCAAAUAGGAUCCUAUAUUAAAAUACUGAGAUCGCUGAAAUUUAAAAAUCUUCCUUUCAGAUUCGCAAACAUUUGUAUCAAAAUAUUACCUGGAUUGUAAGAAAUGUCAGUGAAAUUUAACUACUAUAAAAAUUGUUUUGAAUUAUAUGUUUAUUUACUAUAAUUUAUUUUUAAUUGCCAUUUAAUGCCUACAGAUAGGAACUUUAUUUUCUGCCUACAUUUUCCCUCGCGUUUCACUUGAAAAUCAUAAGAUCAUUGCGUUAGAUCGUUGAUGAAUUUAAAUAUUAAAUGCAAAAUAAGUAAGGAUUAGAUUUACAUAAUGACAAAAAGAUGGAUGUGUUGCAGUACCACAUUAUCUAUCCCCAAACUGUCCCUGCAUUUUUACUUUCUGUUUGGUUUUGAUUGUGAAAAGAAAGUGCUAUGUAAUAAUAAGUUUAAAUUUCAACUAUUUUUUAGAAUUGAAUUGCUAACAAACCAAAAUUUACUACUAUAAUUGAAAAAUCCUUUUAUUUACAUAAGAUAUUUCAAUUAUAGUUGUAGACAUUGACAAAGAAAUAUUACAGUCGGCACUUUCUUUGUUUUCGUUAUGUUAUUCGUUUCGAAGAACAUACGUAAUUGAAUUCUUAAUUGUUUUUGUAAUCGACUGAUCCAAAUUAAAUGUGAAUAUUUCCACUUCAUUAAAAUAUUCCGUUGUUAGAUUUUCAAUUUAUAAUAUGUUGUAGACCUCUCCAGUUUUGAAUCUCUGUUUAAGAGAAUGAAACAAUGAAUUUGAGAAACAAUUAAGUUCGAAUCACUUUUUCCCCCUUCUUUAGAGAUGCGCUCAAAAAGUGAAAGUACAAUUUACAGGCAUACAUAUAGCAUUUAAAAGCUUUAACUAAUAAUAAUUAAUUUAUUAAAGUAAUUAAUAGCACUUCCAAAAAGUGUCGGUGACAUCAAAUACUUUUAAUCAACUGAAAAGAAUCAUAUUUUUAUCAUUUUUAGGGGCUUGUUGUGAUGCAGUAUGCAUUUAUAAAGGUAAUGAAGCAUUGGUUAAUGUUAAGUGCUUGCCUUGCCUUGUAACAUGGAAGUGAAACUGAAGAGAAAAUGAUCUAAAAUUGAUACAGUGGUUUUCAAAAAGGUUAUUUGUGCUUAAUACAUUUUCUGCUCUUACAAAAUAUUAAUUGCCCUGAUGGAACAGUUUUGUUUAUUGUUUUAUAAUUUUAUUAAUUCUGUAGUUUAUGUGUGAUAGAUUCAUUAAUUUUAUUUCGUAUUAGUAUAAACUAGUUGUGUUGACUCUUCACUAUGAUCUCUGAACAGUGACAUUUUAGUGGGACAUGGAAUGUAUAUUCGCAUUUUAAUAGUUACUUGCACUAAAUAUACUUCUUGAUUACUUUUAAUUGGUUUAACUGAUUGAGGACCACUGUAUGAUAGUUGUUAUAGUUUUUAAUGUUUAUAUUUGUAAGAUACAUUUGCAGUGAUGUAGAAAUUUAUUUAUUAAUUAAAUAUUUGGCUUCAUAUUAUUAGUGAAAUGCUAUUUAUAACCUUUUACUGGUAAAACUUUAAAUAUUUGUACAAUUUUGCUGUGCAAAUCUUUGACAUGUUGCUUUCUUGCUCACAAGUAAUCACAGAAUAUUUAUCGAGCUUCAUGUGAGCAAGUAAAACGAACUUAUUUUUCCUGAAAUUCGUCAUGUCAUACUCAGUACAUUUGUGUGAGAUUUGAUCUCGUAUUUGUCAUGUUUGAAAUGACGUGAGAUAUUAGCUUUAUCUCGGUCGAGUCCUCUCUAUCAUUAUUCUCUGUAAGUUCUAAUAUAAUUUGAUUUCUCUUUAAAUCAUACUUCUAUUAAGAGUUUUUCUAUUUUUAAAAUUUAUCAAACUGUGAUUUUAAAAAAAUAGUAAUUACUGAUCUGUUAUUGUGUUUUCUUUGUUGUGUUAUAAAAUGUAUUAAAGGGAAUCAUUUUUAAUCAAACGAAAUGAGCAUUCAUUGCUUCAUUUCAUUUGAUAUUUCCUAUUCUUUUUUAUCUUGUUGUAUAUAUUAGUAUCAGAACUUUUACUGCAAAUAUUUGUGUAAACAUAUGCUUUUAUUAUUUUGUAUUUCAUAAAAUGAGAUGUUGUAAAUUUUAAAUAAUGAUCAUUUUACUCUCUGAGAAAAAAUUUUAAACUAGAUUGUGAUAAAAUUUUUUAAGAUUAUAUCUAUCCCUUUGUGUGAGUAAUGUAGCAUAAACUUUGUGCAAUUUUUUAAUAGUUUUGUUAAUAUUUACUAUUUCUUAUAAAGCGUAUAAAGAGUCGGUUACAUUCCUAUAAUAUGUAUAUCAGUAUUAUCCAGGACACCGAUACAUUGAUGCAUUCAUUUUCUUUUCGACUUCUAUGAAAAUUGUUUUACACUCUAAUGCAGAAGUUUAAACAAUGAAAGCGCUCGUUUUUUAAUUUAAAAAAAGUAGUUGUUUUAUUUCUAUGCUUGUAUAUUAAGCUUAUCUUAGAUUAAUUUCUGUACUUUGUAUCUACUAAAAAAAGAGGAAAAGUUCUCUUUAAUUUGCUGUAGUCUUCAAAUAUUUUUGUUGAGUAGGAGGGGGUCUAAUAAAUAUUGAAUUUAAAAAAUAAAAACCCAUAUAUGAAAUACUGUGAAUAAUUGCCGAAAUAUACAGUGAAUGGCUAUCAAAGUCAUUGGAAUGUUAAAAUUUCUAUUUUUAAGAGAAAAUUUCUGUUCGAAAUUAUAUUGAUAAAUAUGAAAAUAAUGCAAUUAAAACACGAGAGAAUUUUAUUGAGAAUUUAAAAAAAUAUAUCAAGAUAUUCAGUUUUUUAAAAAAUUUAUAUAAAUAUUAUGUUGAAAACUUUUUUAACUGAUGAAACUAAUGCAGAUUUCAAAAUGCAUGUAUUUGCUUUAAAAUGGGAUUAUAAACCUCAAGUCCAUAAAUUAACGAUAUUCACAGUUUAUAUGAGUUAAGCUAAAUAAGCUCAAAAAAUUGCUAGAAAGAAAAAUGUUGUUUAAUAUUCAUACAGAACAAAAAUUCCUAACAGUUAAGGGAAAGUGUUCCUUGAAGCUAGGAAAAUAUAUUUUUCAAAAAAUUAAUAUAUAUGUAUUUAUGAAGAUCAAUAGAUAAUGUGCUUGAUCUGUACAGCUAAACCGUCAGUACGACGCCCAGGCAUUCUGAUCACUAAAUUACAAAACUGUUCUGUUGGUAUGCUACGAGAUCAGUACUAAUGAAGAUCUAGGAUAGAUCUAGAGGAUCGAUAAUGUACUGUAACCCAUCGUUCGAGUGUAUUUCAUACAACCGAACCAUACAACAUAACCCAGUUGAAAUCUGAAUAGAAAGCCAACUAUUACAAAUGGGUGAUGUCUUCUAAUGCAUUCAUCCUCUGAGCUCUAUAAGGAUGGAAGUUGUCAGCUAUUAAUGUAAAAUCCGCUUCCAUUAUGUUUCUUAUUAGACUAACAGGUUACAGAACGAUAUACGAUAAAUGUGGCUUUUUAUGAUUACAUAUUGGUUGGAGAUCUGUUCAAGAACCACAUUAAUGCCAUCCCAAACCAACAAUUCAGUGCCACUGCAACAAUGCUGUUUAGUGAAAUUUUCUUGAUUGCAGCAUGUACGAGCAUUAUACUUUCUGUAUAAAUAUAUGUUUUGAAUCGGAUUAAGAGGAAAAACUCGAAUUCCUCUGAAAAAUAACGCACAAGCCACUAUUUUGAUGUUCUCUGAACCAAGCUAACUGGCACUGAUCUGCCAUGAGUAGUGUACAUAACACAUGGUGUGAGCUUAUAGACUAUAUCCUCCCUACUAUUUGCUCACGAUUUUCCUGGAACUGUGAUAUCUAUAAAUUCCGACACCUUGUUGGGCAUUCCUGCUACAAUACUUUGUCAGUUGGUUUUGAUAAGUACUGCUAAAUAUCGGUUGUUUUGCAGGUUCCCUAAGUCAAUGAAAGUUUCGGGACCACCCCUUUCCCCUCUCUAACUUUAUGCUCCAGAUAUUUUUUAUCGAUUUAAUAUUUCUAUAAAAGUUAUAUGUAGCAAAUUCGAAUCAACUGGAGAAAAUUAAAUUUUGGGUUCCUUCCAAGAUAGAUAGUUUGAAGAUAAAUAGAUAGUCGCAUAUAAAGAAAAAUUCAAGAAUCAAAUUUAAAUUAAAAGUAAAGAAAAAAUACUUAAGAAUGCAAUUUAAAUAUUAUUUAAUUAUAAAAUUUUAUAUUUUUAAAUUAUAAAGCAUCAUGCUUUUUUAUUAUUUUUGAACGACGUAAAACUUGUAAGAUAUUUAUUUAAGAAUAUUUAAAUAAUGUUCUGACUUUUCAAUGUUGUUUGAUUUUACUUUUUCCGUGCAUAGCAUUUGCAAAUUAAAUGAAGGCAUAAAAUUAUUUUACUCAAGAAAUAUGGCAAAAAAGGCAUCGAAUUGCGGGGCCCCUAGGUUUGGUAAUUUGGCUCUAAUCGUAUAGUAUAUUUACAUGCAGAUUACUGAAAUACAUUCCUUUUCAGCAGGAGAGUUAAUGCUUGUCUAAACUUCUGCAUUUAAGUAGUUAUAAUUGGCUUAAUUAAGUACAAUGCAUCAGAAUUUCAGCAGUGUGUUAAUAGAAUUUUCAUCCUUAACAUUCCAUACAGUUGUGUGUGUGUAUUACUAUAAUUCUCCAUCAUUGCUCUGGUUUUUUGUGUAUAUCAAUGGUUGUUUUUUAAAUAUUUUUAAAGUUUUUUCUAUUAUUGUAAAGAGGAACAUUUUAUACAUUUAAAGAAAAUUUUAUUGCCUUUG